AUGAAGGGAUCUCAUGGGAAGGCUGAAAUUCCCAUAUGGCUGCUGCUGCUGCUGUCAUUCGCAAUCAUCAACAAGUCGAGUGAAUUCGCAACAUACCACACCCGGUCUGCUGACUACAAAGUGUUCAGAGCAAAGGCUCCCGUUACUGCCUACAAUGAAAGGAUGGCGAUGAUGGAUUCAUUGGAUUUCAAUCCGUUGCUGUUGGGUGGUUCUCGGCAAUAUCCUGGUAUACGAGUGCGCGCAAAUGCAGCGAUGUUUCGUUACGCUAGUGUUAAAGCAGCUAAUAUCCUCACUCAGCAAAUCGCACGUGCACAAAUUCCCGACAUCAAUCUAUGUCUAGAAGAGGUGGGUGGAUGUGUAAAAGUCUACGGAAUACGCGUAGCGCGAUAUCAGUGUCCCCAAUACGUCUCAAUUAAUCCAUUUCCGAACGAUCGACUCCGAAUAUCAGUUCAAAAUCUUACUGUGAAGUGGAUCUGA